AUGGUAACGUCAAAAAAUGGUAAUUGUGGGGCAAUAGCUACACGUACUCGCGUGUGUAAAGUCGUCUGCGAUGAGCGCCGAAUCUGCCGCUGCCUUGACGGGUGCACCGGUGCAAUCAUAAACCACCUUAAACUGAAAAAUGAUUUUUGGUUCAUGGCAUUAGGGGUGUUCACACGGCUGGCAGAUGUAGAGAGUGCACGAAAGCGUGGGUUUGACUUUGUAGUAUCUCCCGUAGAAGCUGUGGGUACCCAAAAUGCUUCCAGGGUGAUGGGAAUGGUCGAUACGACAACCAUUGAAUCCAGCGAUCAAUUCAUAAAUCAUCUUGUAGAAAUUGCAAACGCUUAUUCUAAGCGUGUGAAGCAUUUGGUGUUUUCCCCACCUCCCUGCUUGUUGGCGGACAAGUUUGGUUUGAAAAAAAAAUUGCAAUUGCUCGAUUCUCGUACCACUUAUACCUUCAUCAUUCCAUUGAUUGAUGAUGUAUUUUACUGGGAAUUCUGGAACUAUGUACUCAAUGGCACAGUAUCUUGCGCCUUGUACUUUGUUGAUGGCCAGAGAGUGUCCAGGUCAAUGCUAGAGCGAUAUUCAACGCUUCCUGUUAGUUACCUUGAAAUCGACACCCAAACUGUUCCUCCAGACGAAUAUAUCGAGGUCUUUUCCAUGCCAUCACCACCUUCAAUAGUUCUUACAAACGGAAGAACAGACCACGGACUCACACGAUUGCUCCAGUGUGCAGAAUAUUGUGAUAGCAUCAUAGAUCCUCUUCAGCCUCUUCGUGAUAAUCUCGAACUAAGCGUAUACGCUCAGUUUGAAAAAGACACCAAAAAGUAUUCACAAUACGAAAAGGCAAUAAAGUUGGCACUCAAGUCAACUGCAAAGAGUGUGCUUGUUGCUGGACCCGGUAGAGGUCCUCUUCUUCAAAUCGUAGUGGAAAUGUCUUCAGCCAAAAUCACAGGCGUAGAGAAAAACCCACAAUGUAUCGACAUCUUAAAAGAAAGAAAUGCUCAUGAAUGGCAGGAUAGGGUUGAAAUAGUACACAAGGAUGCCCGGGAAGUAUGUGGAAAAUGGGACUUGGUUGUUUCGGAAAUGUUGGGUUCAUUUGGGUGCAACGAAUUGAGUCCUGAGGUUCUCGAUGGGUUCUCAUCCACGGUGAUCCCGCAAUCAUAUACCAGUUAUAUUCGGCCCAUCUACUCUCCCAUGGUGCCGCUGCAGUACUAUGUUCCUUUUUUGGCUCAUUUUAGUGUCUUUUAUUCCAUCACAAAUCCAAUGCCUUGUUGGACCUUCAGACAUCCCAACAACAAUUCAAUGCAAAAAAAAAGCCGUUCUCAAGUUUGUUGCAAUGUAUGA